AUGAGGAAUCGCUCGGUGGUUACGGAGUUCAUCCUGCUGGGCAUCCCCCACACCGAAGACCUGCAGACCAUGCUCUUUGCCCUGUUCCUGGCCUUCUACAUCUUCACUCUUAUGGGAAAUCUGCUCAUUCUCCUGGCUAUUGUUUCCUCUCCAAGGCUCCACACCCCCAUGUACUUCUUCCUGUGCAAACUGUCCAUCUUUGACAUCUUUUUCCCUUCAGUGAGCUCCCCCAAGAUGCUCUUCUACCUCUCCGGGAAUAGCCGGGCCAUCUCCUACAUAGGCUGUGUAUGUCAGCUCUUUUUCUAUCACUUUCUAGGCUGUACUGAGUGCUUUCUGUACACAGUCAUGGCCUAUGACCGCUUUGUUGCCAUAUGUUACCCCCUGCGCUACUCUGUCAUCAUGAGCCACAGAGCAUGUGCUAUACUAGCUCUGGGCACAUCCCUGUUUGGCUGUGUCCAGGCCAUCUUUCUUACAGCACUCACUUUCCAGCUGCCCUACUGUGGCCCCAACGAGGUGGACUAUUACUUCUGUGACAUCCCCGUGAUGCUGAAGCUGGCCUGUGCAGACACAUCGGCACUGGAGAUGGUGGGCUUCAUUGCCGUGGGCCUCAUGCCCCUCAGCUGCUUCCUCCUCAUCCUCACCUCUUACAGCCGCAUUGUCUACUCCAUCCUGCAGAUCCGCUCAGCCGAGGGCCGCCGCCGGGCAUUCUCCACCUGCAGUGCCCACCUCACGGCCAUUCUGCUCUUCUAUGUGCCAGUGGUCCUUAUCUACCUGCAGCCCACCCCCAACCCCUGGCUCAAUGCAACUGUUCAGGUUCUGAAUAACCUGGUCACCCCCAUGCUGAACCCCCUCAUUUACAGUCUCCGGAAUAAGGAAGUGAAAUCAUCCCUGAGGAAGGUACUACAGAAGAUGGGCUUCUUUCCUGAGAGUGUGUAG